CUCAACACGGAUCUUUGGCAAAACUGUUCUCUUCAAUCUGCAAGUAUUGUUCAUUCUAUUUAGAAUAAUUUACAACUUUUCUGUUAAUUUUUUUCUUCUUUGCUUCAAAUCAGAUUAUUUUGAAGUUGGAGUGAUUCUACUGACGAGAAGAAAGCAAUGGGGAUCCCAUCGGAAAUGAGAGAUGCUUGGAUUAACAGAAGGAAAUCACUAUUGAUCCCUUCUCCUUAUGAAGAAGAGAAAAUCGCGGCUUCACGACGUUGUACUCAAGAGGGGGUUCGUGCGGGGACAAAGGCCGCUGCAAUUGCUUGCGUCGUUACUACUGUGCCCACGUUGCUCGCUGUUCGUAUGAUUCCUUGGGCAAAGCAUAAUCUUAAUUAUACUGCACAGGCAUUGAUCAUAUCUGCAGCUUCAAUUUCCACCUACUUCAUCACUGCUGAUAAAACUAUUUUGGAGUGUGCACGGAAAAAUGCACAGUAUGACAAAUCAGCUUGAACAGAAUCAUCCAUUCAUCAAGAAGUUUGAGGACAAGUUUGAUCUUGGGAUUCUGGUGGGCUGCUUAGGACCUCCUGUAGUGAGUAGACUUCUUAUGUUUCCCAUUUUGGUGAGUGUGAAACCUGUGGGCAGAUAUAAUAUGUAAUGGUUAGAGCUUACAAUUGUGAUGAGACAUUUAUUCAACUUUAUGCCGCCAAGUGAAGAUGUUUUCAAUCCAUUUUCCUUUUAUUUCAUAAUUUAAUAAUGGGGAGUCUUCAUCUCAUAAUUUUUAUCA